AUGUCAGACCAAUCCCCGCAGAUCGCCAAAUCGCAAGAUGACGGUCAGGCCCCAGCCCCACCAGCCAGUGCCGGCUCGAUCCCCACGUUGAACGUCGAGCCGCUUCAUCAUCCCGAGGAAAUGGCCCACGUCGAAGUGCCUCACAAUGUCGAAAACAUCCCUCACGGAACCACGGUGAUGAACGGCAAGGCUCUCCUGGCCAAGAAAAUGGCUGCCACUGGCACGUCCUUCUAUUCUCCCUCCGAUGCUCUUGUCUCCCCUUGCACUCAAAAAUUGAGCUCUCAGAAGGGCAAACGUUGGGCAAACUCCAAGGUCAAGCCGAUCGUUUUCGGAAAAUCCAAUCUAAACACCACAUCCAACUCGUUUCUUGAUGAUCACGAACCCACAUCGACUGCAACUGAUGCUCCCGAAUCGGGCAAAGAUGCCGCGACAAACACCCACUAA